AUGACGGGGUCUCACACCCUCGCCCCGCUGCUUCCAGGUGUCCGCGCCCGCAUCACUGCCCUCCACCAGGCAGACGGUCGCCUGUACGCCGGCUGCGUCGAUGGAAGUGUCCGAGUGUACGCUCUCGACACCUCGGCCCAGUCCAUCGAGGGCCGCCAGGACGAGCAUGCUCCUCCAGAGCUGCUCGAGACAUACCAGUUUGGACGCCGCGAAAUUCACCAGAUUGGCGUUCUCUCCGAAUCCAAGCAGCUCGUCAUCUUGAGUGACUCGGUUGUAACACUGUACAACUUGACCAACCCCACUGCCAAAGGGUCUAGCACUGUUCUCUCGCAAGCUCGUACAGCACACGCAUUUGCGAUUACAACCUACUUUGCGCCAGCAUCGCCUGCCGAGGAUGGCGUCCCCAAAGAAGGCCCGGCACCGAGCGGCUCGAGCUCUCCCACCAAGGUCGCUCGCGACUUGCUGGUUGUUGGCUGCCGCAAAAAGGUGUGCGUGUAUGGUGCUGGACGUGUUCUUGGCGAACUUUGGGAGCUUGCGCUGCCCCAUUCUCCUCGAGUAGUCAUCUUUCCGGCUCCCGUGUACGCUGAUCUGCCUGGUGCCGUCCACUUGUUGUACUCGCCCCAGGCCAGCGUCAUCCUCAACAUUCGGGGAGGGGCUCCAGGACAACGGCUGGCAACGACAGACCUUCCUGCCACUGGCUACCCCAGUACUCGAGCUGGAACAGCUGUAACGGCACCCGCUCCAGAAGCCGGAGGCUUCUCCGCUCUCACCGGAUUCGGUGGCUUGCUCAAGGCGGCGGUCAUUCCAGUUGGAACACGCACAGUCGGCGGUGAAGUGCUGCUUGUACGCGAAGACCUCGGCGUCUUUUUCUCUUCCGAGGGCAACUUUACGCGUACCGAAUCACUGCAGUGGCCAGCCGCACCGGAAGCCAUGGCGUUUGCCAACCCGUACAUAUACUCUGUGGUUCCCGGGACAACUUCCACGCCCCCCAUGCCUACCGUUCAGGUCCACCUUGCGCCGACGCUUGCCCGCCACCAGACCAUGUCAUUCCCGGCACCCUCCGCUGGUGGGCUCACCGUGUCGGCGUUGAGUGUCAGCGGCGGCGGCAAGAACUCGCGUGUCCUUGUCGUGUCAACACCAACGGACCGGACGCUGGCCGCUGAAGGAAGCACCAUCUGGGAGCUGGUUGGAUCGGACGUUGGCGAACAGGUUGACGAGCUGGUGCGACAAGGCAGGGUGACAGACGCAAUCGGCCUGGUGGAGGCAGUCGGAGACGCUGAACUCGCACCGGCCCAGAGGUUGCCUCAUUUGCGUGUUCUCCAUGCUCUGACGCAAUUUGCCCGCGGCGACUACAAGGCAGCUUUGGAAGCUUUCGUUGUGCACAAUGUUCAUCCUGCAAAGGUGGUGGCCCUGUACCCACAGGAGACCAUUUCGGGGACCCUUGCCGUUCCAAGGGAUCAGUGGAUGACACUGUUCGGAGCCGUCGAGGGCGCGCGCUUGGAACCGCUGCUAUCCGAGGACAGCGGACCCAAGACACUCUCCCCACCGCUAGUAGUGCCCACCCUUGCAAGGAAGAAGAGCACCGAAACCAUCGUCUCUUCCCUAUCUUCCGGAGCGGCACCAGCACCCACAGGAUCUCCUCCCCCCGAGCAACCGACGUCCCCUUUACUGGCACAGGCUCCGGACGCACCUUUUCCUCGGGCAGCCAUUGACGAGCUCAUUUACUACCUAUCCGACAGGCGACAGAAGAUCGCCGGUGCAAUUCCCAAUGUCACCCUUCCAUCCGAGGCUGGUCUGCCGGCGCUGUCGUCGCUUCCAGCAGCAGAUGUAUAUGCCCUUUUCAACGGGCCCAUCACAGAGCUCAAUCCUGAACAGCUCCUUCGCACGGCACAGGUGGUCUACACCUCGCUCCUCAAGGUGUACCUCAUUGUGCGACCCAGUCUUGUCGGCUCGCUAUGCCGUAUUGAAAACUGGUGCGAUGUCACCGAAGUCGAGCCCCUUCUCCGCGAAAAGCACCGGUUCGAUGACCUGCGGGACCUUUACAUGCAAAAACAAAUGCACGACAAGGCUCUCAACAUGUUGACAGAACAAGCAAAGCAGGAGGACGACCCCCUUGAUCGGUACCCUCCUACUAUUCGCUACCUUCAAAAACUAGGCCCAGCACACCUCCAGCUCAUCUUCUCGUCAUCAAACUGGAUCUUCAAAGAGGACCCCCAAAGAGCUCUUCAGAUCUUCACCGCGGAUGAACCCGAAGUAGACGCGCUGCCCCGCGCGGAUGUAGUCUCCUUUUUGGAAAAGGAGCACCCUGACAGCGCGGUCGCGUAUCUGGAGCACGUUAUCGACCUAGGCGAAGACGGCCCAGAUUUCCACGACAAGUUGGCAGAACUGUAUCUUGCUCGAGUCCGCAGCAAAAAGGACAUUGAGAAAGAUGCUGCUCUUACCCAGCUGCUCAAGUUCCUCAACACGUCGACGCAGUUCCGCGCCUACCGUCUGUUGAGCAAGCUCGGUCCUGAUGAAGUAUUCGAGGCGCGCGCCGUUCUCCUGGGUCGUAUGGGAAACCACGACGAAGCCCUCAAGAUCUACGUGUACAAGCUCAAGGACUUUGCGGCUGCUGAGGCCUACUGUGCCAAAGUGUACAGCAAGAACCCCGACCCGCAUGGCAUCUUCCUCCACCUGUUGCAGCUCUACCUUCGCCCGGCGCCGCCCAACGAGCCUCUCGUAACCGCGGCUCUCGGCCUGGUCAGCCGCCAUGCCUCGCACCUUGACGCACCAUCGGUGCUCGACCUCAUGCCCCCACUCGUCCCCGUCGGCGACUUGCAUGAUUUCUUCAUCAGCGCUCUGGGCAAGCAACGGGCCAAACGCAACGAGCACCGCAUUGUCCGUGGUCUGCUUGCGGCGCGCAAGGGGCAAACCGACAGGCUGCUGGUUGGCCUCGAGGUCAAACGAGUCCGUGUGACAGACCAGCGUAUCUGUCCCCAAUGCCAGAAGCGUCUGGGUACCAGUGCCAUCGCCGUCCAUGCCCCGAAAGGCGAGGUUACGCACUUGCACUGCAAGGACCUGUUCAGCAACAGGCUAGCACAGGCGAGGGCGUAG